CCUCACCUCCCCGGGCCUCGCAAGGGUUAAGGCAGCCGAGAGGUUUGGGCUGACGUCGCUCUGGUUGAAGGUGGCUCCCCUCGGAUGAGGACGGGAGAGCCGGGCGAGCUGAAACCCGAGCUCCCGCUCAGCUGGGGCUUGGGGAGGUCCCUGCAAGAGCCGCCUGCCCGCCGGCCUCGCUCGGUCCCUCCUCUCCGUCCCCUGCAGACACUCGGGCACCCGCCGCGGGAAGGAUGGAGCUGGGCUGGUGGGCGCAGCUGGGGCUCACUUUUCUGCAGCUCCUUCUCAUCUCGUCCUUGCCCAGAGAGUACACGGUCAUUAAUGAGGCCUGCCCUGGAGCCGAGUGGAACAUCAUGUGCCGCGAGUGCUGUGAGUACGACCAGAUCGAGUGUGUCUGCCCCGGAAAGAAGGAAGUCGUGGGCUACACCAUCCCUUGCUGCAGGAAUGAGGAGAACGAGUGUGACUCCUGUCUGAUCCACCCAGGUUGUACCAUCUUUGAAAACUGCAAGAGCUGCCGAAACGGUUCGUGGGGGGGUACUCUGGACGACUUCUACGUGAAGGGGUUCUACUGCGCAGAAUGCCGGGCGGGCUGGUACGGAGGAGACUGCAUGCGAUGUGGCCAGGUUCUGCGAGCCCCAAAGGGUCAGAUUUUGUUGGAGAGCUACCCGCUAAAUGCUCACUGUGAAUGGACCAUUCACGCCAAACCUGGGUUUAUCAUCCAAUUAAGGUUUGUCAUGCUGAGCCUGGAGUUUGACUACAUGUGCCAGUACGACUACGUGGAGGUGCGCGACGGGGACACCAGCGAUGGCCAGAUCAUCAGGCGUGUCUGCGGCAACGAGCGGCCGGCCCCCAUCCAGAGCACGGGCUCCUCACUCCAUGUCCUCUUCCGUUCCGACGGCUCCAAGAAUUUCGACGGCUUCCAUGCCAUUUUUGAGGAGAUCACAGCGUGCUCCUCGUCCCCUUGUUUCCAUGAUGGCACUUGCGUCCUUGACAAAACUGGCUAUUACAGAUGUGCCUGCCUGGCAGGCUACACGGGGCAGCGCUGCGAGAAUCUUCUGGAGGCUGGGAAGUCCAAGAUCAAGGCGCCAGAAGAUUCGUUGUCUGUCCUUGAAGAAAGAAACUGCUCAGACCCUGGGGGCCCAGUCAAUGGGUACAAGAAAAUAACAGGAGGCCCUGGGCUUAUCAAUGGGCACUAUGUAAAAAUUGGCACUGUGGUGUCCUUCUUUUGUAACAACUCCUAUGUUCUCAGUGGCAAUGAGAAAAGAACUUGCCAGGAGAAUGGAGAGUGGUCAGGGAAACAGCCCAUCUGCAUUAAAGCCUGCAGAGAACCUAAGAUCUCAGACCUGGUGAGGAGGAGAGUUCUUCCAAUGCAGAUUCAGUCAAGGGAGACUCCAUUACACCAGCUAUACUCAGCAGCCUUCAGCAAGCAGAAACUGCAGGGCGCCCCUACCAAGAAGCCAGCCCUUCCCUUCGGAGACCUGCCCACCGGGUACCAACACCUGCACACGCAGCUCCAGUACGAAUGCAUCUCACCCUUCUACCGCCGCCUGGGCAGCAGCCGGAGGACAUGUCUGAGGACGGGGAAGUGGAGUGGGCGGGCUCCAUCCUGCAUCCCUAUCUGUGGGAAAAUCGAGAAUGCCACUGCCCCAAAGACCCAAGGGAUGCGCUGGCCGUGGCAGGUGGCCAUCUACAGGAGGACCAGCGGGGUGCACGACGGCAGCCUGCACAAGGGGGACUGGUUCCUGGUCUGCAGCGGCGCCCUGGUGAAUGAGCGCACCGUGGUGGUGGCUGCCCACUGCGUGACUGAGCUGGGGAAGGUCACCGUGAUCAAGACAGCAGACCUCAAAGUCGUCUUGGGGAAAUUCUACCGGGAUGAUGACCGCGAUGAGAAGACCAUCCAGAGCUUGCGGAUUUCUGCCAUCAUUCUGUAUCCCAACUACGACCCCAUCCUGCUCGAUGCCGACAUCGCCAUCCUGAAGCUCCUGGACAAGGCCCGCAUCAGCACCCGCGUGCAGCCCAUCUGCCUGGCCGCCACCCGGGACCUCAGCACCUCCUUUCAGGAGUCUCGCAUCACCGUGGCCGGCUGGAACGUGCUGGCGGACGUGAGGAGUCCCGGCUUCAAGAACGACACGCUGCGCUCAGGGGUAGUCCGCGUGGUGGACUCGCUGCUGUGCGAGGAGCAGCAUGAGGACCACGGCGUCCCGGUGAGUGUCACCGACAACAUGUUCUGUGCCAGCCGGGACCCCACCGCCCCUUCCGACAUCUGCACUGCAGAGACGGGGGGCAUCGCGGCCACGUCCUUCCCCGGACGAGGGUCCCCUGAGCCUCGCUGGCACCUGGUAGGACUGGUCAGCUGGAGCUAUGACAAAGCGUGCAGCCACAGCCUCUCCACAGCCUUCACCAAGGUGCUGCCUUUUAGAGACUGGAUCGAGAGAAACAUGAAGUGAGUCAGCCUCAGACGCGUCGAGCGG